AACAACGUGUUUCUCAAGUUUGUGCGCAGUUUUCUAGGUUUUUCUUUCCCGCCCAGAAACACAGCAAAAUGAGGAAUCUUUACCGUCAAUCGCAGUCCAAAUUCUCCUGGGAUGCUGGUACACCGUUCGGUGCUUCGACCAUCGAUCAAGCGACCGGCUGCUGGCUGUACUUUAGCAACAAAGACGGACUAAGCCGCCUGCGGAUCGCCACGGAUGACACACAACCGGAACCGGGAGAGGAUGGCGAGAUGGAGAUGGAAGUCGGUUCCGUCGAACUGUUGCUACCGGCUGAUGCUGGCUUCCAGGACAUCAUAGCGAUCGAGCAUCUGGUGCUGAGUAAUGAGCUGUGCUGUGCGGCCUCGAGUGGAACCGUUUGGCGGUAUCAGCUGGCGACCGGUGUCUCGGAGGAGGUCACCCACUGCCAGAACGGGAUUCUAGCGAUGGGCUGGAGUCCGGAUCAGGAAGUGGUCGUGUUUGUCGAUGGAACGCUGAAUGUCGUCACGAUGAUCGGCAGUGCGUACGAACCGAUCGCCGAGGUGCAGCUGAAGGACGACACAUUCGGCGAUCGACAGUUUAUGAGCGUCGGUUGGGGGAAAAAAGAAACGCAGUUCCACGGCUCGGAGGGUAAAGCGGCGGCCAAAAAGGCACGGCACGAUGAAGAGGAAGAGUGUGAGGCACAUGGCGAGCAAUCGGCCAAGAUGGUCGAUAUCAGCUGGCGAGGUGAUGGAGAGCUGUUUGCGGUUAACUUCCUCGCACCGUUCGGUUCCCGCGCGUUUAAGGUGUUCAAUAAGGAAGGUGCCCUACAGUUCACAUCGGAACGGUGUACCGGCCUAGAGUCGAUGCUUGCCUGGCGUCCGUCCGGUAAUUGGAUAGCGAUACCCCAAGUCCAGCAGCGUGGCGAGGUGUACACGAUUGCACUCUUCGAAAAGAAUGGUCUACGACAUCGGGAGAUACCGCUCGCUUUGAAGCCACGCGAUAAUGAAGGGGCAGCACAGAUAGCGUGGAGUCCCGAUUCGGAUGUACUGGCCGUCGUUUGGGCAAGCGAUAAUUUAGCCGGCACGUUCAUCGAUCUGUACGUGAUGGGUAACUACCACUGGUACCUGAAGCAAUCGAUACGGUACGAGGAACGCGAAAUUUUUGCCAUGCACUGGGAUCAGCGGUUUACGGCGGGUAAGACACUCCACAUAGUGUCGGAGAGUGUCGGCGAGUCGGACGGUGAGCUGGAGUACGAACGGAUUCGCUUCGAUUUUCGCAUCGAUCGCUCAGUAGGCGCCGGGCCUGACGAUGAGGCAAUGGUUGCUGUGAUCGAUGGGCGACGCUUGCUGUUGAGCAACUUUCGACGUGCCGUCAUUCCACCGCCUAUGUGUGGGUACACGGUAGAACAGGAGUAUCCCAUCAAUGUGGCCGGAUUCAUACGCUCCCCAGGUAGAUGGGUAGCCAACGGAGUGGAGAUAAGCUGCAAUGCGUUCUUCACCGUUGAUGCCCGCAAGGAGGUCACGCUGUAUGAUGUGGUCUUCGAUGAAGCACCGGCUGGAGAGACGAAACGAUCGGUACUGCGUGGAGUACGAGUUUUGCUGAAGAUUGAUGCCAUUCCGUAUCCCUACGAUUGCACACGACUGCACUGGCUGUGGCUUAACCCCGACCAUAUGCUGCUCAGUGAUGGCUGGAAUUGUUCCGUGCUGUACCUCGAUCCCACUGGUGGAAGAAUGAAGCUAAACGAGGAGGAAAUUGAACACAACAAUAGUCUGUUGAACGACAUAUCGAUCGGAUUGGACCAGCUAAAGCAUCGUGAUAUCAUCUGUAUCGAGGCUUCAUCACCCGAAACGGUGCUUGUAGAGCUUGCAGAUGGUAGCUUGAUUGAAAUUGGUCUCUUCCCCGUCGGUACUGGGAACUACAGAAAGCAGCUGGUCCCGCGGCCACUCGCAACGCUUCCCGAACCCUGUGAACAACUGUUUGCCGUUCCCUCGAACGCCGCCGAAACAUCUUGCGUUUAUGCGUUCACACCGAAAAGGCGCAAUCUGUAUCGGAACGGGAAGCUGCUGGCGCCGGAGGUGACCUCCGCUUUGCUGACCAACUCCUAUCUUCUUUUCACCACUAUUUCGGAACUGAAGUUUGUGCCAUUGGCGGGUACCGGUGAGACGAUCGUCGGUGAUCGGCGUGUAGAGCGUGGCUCGAAGCUAGUUACCGUCGUUCCGGGUGCUUCUCGAACGAUCUUCCAACUACCACGAGGCAACCUAGAGGCUAUUAAUCCAAGGGUCCUUUCGCUGUGUCUCAUCGCUCAGCAUCUGGAAGCGCUCGAGUAUCAUCCGGCCUUUGACAUCAUGCGCAAGGAACGCAUCAAUCUAAAUCUGCUCGUCGAUCACGAUCCGAUCCGGUUUAUGACACAUCUCGGUACACACUUCCUACCGCAGAUUACGAACGUUAACUGGCUCAAUCUGUUCAUCAGUGAUCUGGCUCCGCAAGAUGUUUGUCGUACGAUGUACGGUAGCAACUAUCCAGAUCGUUGCGGGGCACAGCAGGACGCGUCCACUCCUGUCCUUCCCAAUGGUUACACGCUGGAACAAAAGGUACCGUUCAUUUGUAGCCGUCUGCUGGAAGCGAUGGAUGCAGAUCCCGCGAUCCAUACGCAACCUAAGAUCACCUGCUUCGUGAAGCAGGGUCAGCUGGAGCAAGCCUUGGCCCUUAUCUGGACGCUCAAGAAUGAGCGCAAGUUAGACGAUGCGGCCGACGAAGCGUUGCGCUAUCUGCUGUAUCUCGUCGAGGUGAACGUACUGUACGAUGUAGCCUUGGGAAUGUAUGACUUCGGACUCGUUCUGUUCGUCGCAACGAAAUCCCAGAAGGAUCCCAAAGAGUAUUUGCCUUUCUUGAACGAGUUGAAGCGAAUGGAUGAGGAUUAUAGGAAGUAUCGGAUCGAUUGUCAUCUGAAGCGUUACGAUCGAGCGCUACCACACAUCGCACGAUACGAGACGGAUGAUGCCAGGUUUGAGGAAGCUCUGGCCCUGAUUGUAACGCACAAUCUUUAUUCGAUCGCACUGGAGUGUUAUCGGGAUCGGAAUGAACAGUACUACCGGACGAUCUGUGAACGUUAUGCCGAUCACUUGCGAAAGACUGGGAAACAAGCGGAUGCCAGUCUGAUGUAUGAGCGAGCGAACAACGUUCAGCAAGCGAUCGCAUCCGCUCGCCAUGCUCUCGAUUGGCGUCGUUGCAUCCGUCUUUCCGCUCGUCAGGCGCCCGAGGACGUAGCAAGGAUCCUGCGAUCCCUCAUACCGGCUUUGCUGGAGGCUGGUGAAUUCGAGGGAGCGGCCACAGUCGCAAAGGAACAGCUACGAGAUGAUCGGCUAGCGGUGGAAUGUUUGUUGAAGGAUCAUCGUUACGAACAGGCGCUGCAGACGAUCGGGAGUGCAGGUGACGAACUGGAACAGUCGCUGCAGGAAAUGGUUCGAAGCGGUUUACGCGAGUAUCUCAAAACGUUCGCUGCUUCGAUAGUCGCUAAGAAGGAACUGUUUUUGCGUCACAAAAAUCGUCUCGCCGUUGUACGGGAAGAGCGGGUGAAGGCCGCACAACGCAUGGUGGAAGGUGCGGACGAUGGCGAUGUCGAGAUGGAUUGCGGUGACUGCGAUCUGUUCUCCGAUAGCUCCACGAUCGCAUCGUCCCGCCAUACCGGAAGCUCCGGACGAUCGAGUAAAUCCCAUCGUUCAGCGAAGAAUCGUCGUAAGCACGAGCGUAAGUUGCUCAAUCUGAAGGAGGGCAAUCAGUACGAAGACAUCGCCCUGGUAGACGCACUCUACUCGCUGGUGCACGGGGUGUGUAACGUUGAUCGUCAGCGACACGUCAGAAGCACGUGUCAGGUGGCAAUUGAGUUGAACUACGAUGCCGAAGCACGCCUCGUGCAGCGUGAGUAUGAUGCGCUGUUUCAGCUGGUGCGCUACUCCCUCGAUGCCAUCUGGAUACCGGAGAUGAUUGUCCCGGAACUGCCACCGGACCAUGGGCAGCAGGAGAAUGGAGUUGAACCACCGCAGACCAGCGCCAUCCUUUCUCCGGCCGAUCUCGUCCAGUCACAAAAUGCACAGCGAUACGCGUUGAUCAAGCCCCACCAACGCUUCAAACCGGACAUACAGACAAUCGCGUGGCAAUGGGACAUCCUGAAAUAGAACUCCGUUGGAUGAAAAGUAACACCGAUAGUUGGUGUAAAUCCCUUUAUUAUUGAUUUGUAUUCUCGUUAUCGGCCUGUUAUCGGUAAUAAAACAUAUGAAAUAAGUAC